UUGUUUACGUGGGCAAUUUCCUCGCUUCCGGGUUGUAGUUUAGUUGGCAGGACUGUGUUGGUAUGAUGGCAGUUGUUCCAGCUCAGUCUCUUCGGGUGUCUGAAAUCAAAGACCCGACGGUCUUGUUUGAACGGUACAACACCGAGGAGAUUCGAACGAUAGAGCGCAGGGUACGGGGUGGAAUAGAGCAAAAAAAGGAGGAACUUCGUCAGAUGGUCGGCGAGCGUUACCGGGACCUAAUAGAUGCUGCUGACACCAUUGGCGAGAUGAGGCAGUGUUCGGAAAGUGUCGUGAAAUCCAUCCAGAACAUGUACAGCUUUUGCAACAAGUUAAAACAAACAAAAACCUCGCUUCAGAUAAAUAGCAAAGAAGAGAGUCAAAAGCAGUCCCAAGAGAAAUUCUACACUAUGGCAGCUCAUAUAAAGCUUCUUCUGGAGAUCCCAGAGAGGAUAUGGAGUGCCAUGGAAUCCUCCCAGUACCUGCAGGCUACCCAGCUGUACUUGCUGUGCUGCCACCUGAACAGCCAGCUCCACCUGGAGGGCGGAGGACCACAUUACAGCCCAGUGCUCACACGCUUCCCCAUCCUGGUCAGGCAGGUGGCGGCUCUAGGACACUUCAGGUCCACAAUUCUGCUGGACAGCAAGUCUCUGCUGCGAGGCCGGGCGGUGUCAGACCAGGCCAUCGCCGAGGCGCUAGUCUCCACCAUGCUCUUGGAGGACAGCUCGCCCCGCCAGGCCCUGGCAGACUUCCUGCUGGCCCGCAAAGCCUCCAUCCAGCAGCUGCUCAACCAGCCACAGCAUGGUGCUGGUAUCAAAGCCCAGGUGUGCUCGCUGGUGGAGCUGCUGGUCACCACCCUGUACCAGGCGUACGCCGUGUUCUACGUGCCCCCAGAGGGGAGACUGGCAGAGACCGGCCUGGGCUCCGGCCUGCUCUUCGCCACCCUGGAGAACGCCACAUCCGCCACGUCUGCCGCUAAAGGGAAGAAGGUCCUCCAUGAGGAUAUGAGCGCGGGCAGCUGGUUUAAGUACCUGCCCCCCUCAGUGACGGACUUCCAGCCCGCCCUUCGCACCCUGGCCCAGCCUAUUCAGAGCGAACAGCUGCGGGACACCCUGCAGCAGUGGAUUGACACGUGUAAGGAGGACAUCCGCUGCGGCGUGAGCAGCCUGCUGGUGUUCGUGCGUAGCCUCAAGGGCCUGGCCUCCAUCCGGGAUGGCGUGUGGGACCUGCUGUCCAGCGACUCCAUCAACCAGCACUGGGCCAUGGUGUGCCAGAGGCUCUUGGACAAGCCAAUCUCCCUCUGGGACGACCUGCUGCAGCAGCUCUUCCUCCAGCGCCUGCAGGCUAUCACCCAGGAGGGCACUGAGGGCAUCUCCAGCAGCUGCAGGCAGCUGUUGACCUCUGCCCUACACGACCUGGAGGCACAGCCUUCCUCGUUAUCGCUGUCGUCAUCGCUGUCAUCCUCCUCCUCUUCCUCCAACUCCUCCGCUGGGGGCUUCAGCCGGGGGGCUCAGUUCGAGAGCGACGUGGCCGCCUUUCUGUGGUCGGAGGCGGCGGGGGACCUGCAGAGCGACGCGGCCUGGGUGAGCGUGGCGCAGCGCGGGCAGCAGCAGCAGCAGCAGCAGCAGAAGAGCGGCCUGUCCAUGAAGACCCAGGCACUGACCCCCUGCGUGCAGAGCUUCUGCUCCGCGCUGGACGCCAAGCUCAAGGCUCAGCUGGACGACCUGCAGCACUACCUGCCCGCCGACAAGAACGGAAAGGACGCCGCCUCGUCCACCAACGUCUCCCCUCUAGAAACCACCUCCACCUCCUCCUCCUCGGCUUUCAACCGUUUCCGUGACGCCUGGGCUGUGGAGGACACGCUGAGGGAGCACUGCCUGGCCUGCGUUCGGGACGUUCUGGCCAGCGUGCGCACAGAGCUGGCCUCCGCUCAGGAGAGGUGCUCCGGCAGCCCUGAUGCCAGUCCCCGUCGCAUGGGCUUGGUUCUGUUCAUGGCACGCCUGUGCCAGUCCAUGGGGGAGCUGUGUCCGAGCCUCAGGCAAUGCAUUCUGGGAAAACAGCAAGGGGCAGUGGAGGUCCCGGUAAGAGGCACGCCCAGACAGAGCAGGAAGCUAAGCAAAGGGGGCGGGGCCAAGGCUGUGGAGGUCAGCCCUGCACAGGCCAAGUGGGCGGGGUUGAAGGAGGAGCUUCUCACCUGUAGCAUGGAAGCUUACGGCAUCUGGAGUGGAGCCCUGUCAAAGACGGUGGUGGAACGCUUCUCGGCGGCGCUGCACAGCGAAUCAGCUGGGGCCAUCCUGGGCACUGCCACAAACUGGGAGGAGUUAGAGAUUCAGGAGGAGGCGGAGUCAGGAAACAGCGUAGUGUCCAAGAUCCGCCUUCCCGUUCAGCCCUCCUGGUAUGUGCAGUCUCUCCUCUUCCACCUGUGCCUGGAGGUCAACCGGGUCGGAGGUCACGCUCUUCCAAAGGUCACGCUGGUGGAGCUGCUGAAGGGCUGCCUGGACCAAGUUCUGGACCAGUAUGAGAUGCUCACCAGGAACUGCCAGGGCAAGGACGUGGCCUUCCUCAUGACCCAGAACCGAGCGCUGCAGCUGCUCUUUGAUGUGCGCUACCUCAGCGCUACGCUUGCCGCUCGUCUGGAGGAGGGCAAAAGCUCCCGGAGUCAGCAGGACCCCAGGGUCCAGGAGGUGUGUGAUUCUCUGGAAGGACACAUUGACCCGUUCGACCUUGAUGUCUUUACCCCUCACCUGAACAGCAACCUAAACCGCGUAUCUCAAAGAACCUCAGUUCUCUUAGGCCUUCUGGCUGGCACAGAGAAGCAGUUCAGUUCCCGUGGCAACGCCGUCACCACCCAGGAGCCUUACAACAUUCUGCCGCUAUCCAGCAGCCAGAUCCGGUUUGGGUUGCUGCCACUCAGUAUGACCAACUCCCGCAAAGCCAAGUCAGCCACACGGAGCACAGACAUCACCAGACCACUGGUAACACCAGCUUCAACCGCCGCUCCCGAGGACAGCUUCCGCCCCGGCAACCUGUUUAGACAGCUAGCCAAUCAGGAGGAGGAGCAGGCUGGCUCCUCCCUCUUUAAACUUGGCUGGCUGUCCAGCAUGUCCAAAUGAUGAUGUUUCACUAAAAGAUGUGGGUUUUUAAACAUGUAUAAAGGCUGUAUAAAAUAAUAUAUAAAUACAUUUUGAAAUAUUAAGGAUUUUUUUUUUGUGGUUUGUUUUCAUUUGUGCUUUCACAUUGGAGAAAGUGGAACAAAUAUCAGUUGUAAAUCGGUCAAUCUAGACUUUUAAACAAAGAAUAUACAGUUAGUCCCUGUGUUUAUUUUCAAGAGAUUUGAAAAUGAUCAACUAUUUCUACAAUUGAACAACACAUGUCAGCAGCUGCUUUGGUUUGUGGACUUUAUUGUGUAACCGAACAGAUCUUGUAUUUACAUAGGAUAUUGUGUUGACAGACAAAAAAGUAAAUUAAAUUCAUUCACCUCA